AUGUCAUUAAACACUGCACAUGCCAAUAAUGGUGUUCUUUUGCAUGCUGGAGAAUGUAUUCUUCUUUUUUGUGACAAUGUCACAAUGGAAUUUCAUGGACAAGAACAACCAGAGUUUAUUGGUUCAAAAAAGGGAAGAAUAUAUUUGACAACGCACCGGAUGAUAUUUAAUGCCAAAGACCAAAAUGAAAAAAUGAAAUCCUUUAGCUUUCCUUUCGUCACUUUAAGUGAGGUAGAGCUUGAACAGCCAUUAUUUGGAGCUAAUUACAUAAAAGGAAAAUGCCGUGCUCAACCAAAUGGUAAUUGGGUAGGAGAAUGUAAAUUUAAAUUACAUUUCAAGAGUGGCGGUGCUAUUGAAUUUGGCCAAGCAAUGUUGAGAGCAGCCUCUAUGGCUCAACGAAGCGGUCCUGGAUACGAUGCUCCUCCACCGUAUCAGCCACCAACAUCUAAUUGGUAUGCUGCUCCGCCACCAGCUUAUCAAGCAGCUCCUUCUGGAUACUAUGGUUGGAUGCCUCCCACCAAUGCAUUUCCUGACAUGCCUCCGGCUAACAGUGUUUACAUGACGGACAUGCCACCCCCAUAUCCAGGGAUAAAUACUGCUCCUAUGCAAGGAGGAAAUCCACAACCAGUUGGUAGCCCAGCGUGGGCCAAUCCUGAGUAUAAUCCAGGAUACCAGCAAACAGGUUAUCCCCAACCACCUAAUUAUGCACAAUCUGCAGGCUAUUGUAACAAUUACCCUCAGAAUCCACCACCCUAUUCUCCUCAAGGAUCAUACAAACCGUAUUAG